CAGGCUUGAUGUUUGUUCCGAGGAUCUGUCUCAAUAUUUACAUUUAAAAGUAGUAGUAACUCCUAUGAGGCACAGAUCAAUAAUAGUUGAAGUUUGACCGCUUACAGGGCAACUGCCAAACAUCAGGCAAGCAUUUCCCAUUGUCCAUUUUUGUCUCCCUCUCAAUUUAGGAGUGGAUCAACAGAGUCUCCAUUCUUAAAUUAUCACGAAUUUGAAGGGAGUAAAUCACUGUAAGGCUGACUCAAAGUGCCAAAAAGAGAGGGACAGGAAAAACAAGGAUAUAUUUCAGACCAAUCACACUAAUAAUUACAGUCCGCUGCUAGGACAUGGACUGUAGACUACUUGCACUCCUACUGCUUUGCCACUGCAGACAUGGAUGGACAGAUGAAGAGGUGACAGACGAUGGGAAGAUCCCGUUAAUGCCCCUCAUUCCACUGAUGGCCAGUAAGCCGAUAGAGGAUUUAGGGACGCUGCCAACUGCAGGGCCAUCGCCAUCUCCUGAGUCCACAAGUCAGUGUGACUUGUGGACUCAGGAGAUGGCGAUUGGAGGAGUGCCUGACGGUACAGAGCAAACCACAGCGCCACGAGAGAGUACAUCAGAGGAGGAAGCAGAUGGCCUGUGUGCCGAGGUCUCGGGUUCAGCGCUCAAGGAGGCCAUAGGGAAUGGGAUCAUGAAGCUGGGUCUGGAGCUCAUGGAGAAGCUGCCAACAGGGCCUGAACAGCCCAAUGUGAUCAUCUCGCCUCUCAGCCUCUCCCUGGCACUCUCCCAGCUGGCCUUGGGAGCUGUAAAUGAGACGCAGCAGUUGCUACUGGAGCAUCUGCAUGCAGAGGCCCUGCCUUGCUACCAUACGGCACUACGCAGCCUCCUCUACCAUCUCCAGAAGAGCAACAUUCAGAUUGCCACCCGCAUGUACACUCAGCAAGGAUUUGAGCCCAAAAAGGAUUUUGCCCAAAUGUCCCAGGAAAUGUAUGGCUCCGAGCCAGAAGUGUUCGCUGGGAUAAAGGAAGUUAAUGAGUGGGUAGAGAAAGCUACCAAUGGUCAGGUGACUGACUUCUUGACCAGCCUUCCACCUAAUCUAGUGCUUAUGCUCCUAAACGCUGUGCAUUACAAAGGAAAGUGGCAGACACGUUUUGAUCCCCGACAUACCGCCAGUGAUCUUUUCUACAUUGACAACAAGCAUAUUGUGAACGUAGAAAUGAUGGUUGAACCCAAAUACCCCCUGCAACUUCUCAUUCUUAAUGAGCUUGAUGCUCAGGUCGCUCGUCUCCCAUUUAGAGACCAAAUGAGUCUCCUAAUAGUGUUGCCCAUGUCAGGACAGGUGAACGUAACUGAUAUUGCAGCAAAGCUUAAUACCUCAGACCUGUACGCUCGUUUUCCAAAGGAGAGGAGCAUGCAGGUCCGACUGCCCAAAUUUAAGCUGGAGUAUGGUCAAGAGCUGGAGGAGGCCCUCACCAGCAUAGGUUUGGGAGAGCUGUUUGCUGGUCCAAAUUUGGCUGGCAUCUCUGACAGUCCCCUGCGAGUGUCCAGCGUCCAGCACAAAACCAGCAUGGAGAUCACAGAGGAUGGAGCUGAGGCUGCGGCAGCCACCAGCAUCUCCAUCUCGCGCUCUAACCCCACCUUCAGUGUCAAUCAGCCGUUUUUCUUUGCCCUCAUGGAUGACACGACAUUAACACCUGUCUUCCUCGGAGUUGUCACCAACCCAAAUUCUGAGGCUCCCUCCAUGGUCCAGGCACCAGGACGGCCAGAUAAAAUGGGUUUCCCUGUCAUAAAGGACAAGCUUUUUGCUGACUCCAAUGGUCACCCUCCCAAGUAAGGAGACCUCUGUUGCAUCCUGAGUUUAAGGGAGAUCACCCUGAAUUGAAGACUGCCCCCCUGAUCACCAAGGAUGGACAAAUCCAGUGACUAUUAACAAAUCCGGAACCAAUUCAGCCCCGUACUGCAGAAAUGGACAUAGUUGAGAAUGUAUGGAUUUUAUGUCUGCAAAACAUUAAUUUUAUAUUGUAUAACAAACAUUGACGCUCCUUUUGACUUGAGAUUUUAGAUUUUUAGAUUAUAAAUUCAUUUUAAAUUAUCCACUACUGUUUUAGAUUGAGGAACAUUUUAAACAAACUUUAAACAUUUUUUUCAUGGUUUUAGCCUGUAAGUGGAUAACAAUUGAAAAACGGAGGUAUUAAACAUUACAUUGCCAGUAUCA